GUCCACAAGGGCUCCCUCAAGGAUGUCUUCAACCCCAACGAUCCCAGCGCAUUCAAACCGAAACUACUGCAUUUCCACCUCAACAAGCUGCGUAAUCGAACGCAAAUGUAUGAGGUUCCAAUCAGCUGGAAGUCCCUUUCAUCCAAAGACGUCUUCAUUUAUGAUGAGGGUACCAAGAUGACCCAGUGGAACGGAAGCCAGUGCGACGAGGAGGAACGACAGGCGGUAGGCAUUGACACACCUUGA